UAACAAAUUAUAUUGGUUUCGUUUUUUUAUAUUGAGUUGUUUCGAUCAUUUCUGAAAUGGAUCCAAUCACAGUUUUACAAAGUAGAAUUGAACAACUUGAAGCAAAAUUAGGUUUAGCUGUGAGUUCGACUCCAGACGGUCAACAGGGAGAUUCUGCUACCAGCCAUUUACUAAACGCGGCUCAAACUAUGAACAGUGCCACAGUGGGACACGAAAAGCUCACUGAAGCUGUGAAUAUGGCCAAUGAACUGAAUAAUUACACCGACCCAAAUUUCGUUGAAAUGAGCGAGCAGAGCGACAAGCACCAGCAGGCGGUGGCAGCUGCGGAGCCCGUGCUGCGCCACCACUGCUCCUGCAUGCACCGCUGCAAACAGGCUGUUCCAGUAUUAGAGUCUGAACCAAUACAGCAUGUUCCUGAAAUGCAGGCAACUGUUGAUAACAUGCACCAAGCUGCAGCAGAAGUAAAGGCUGAAGCAGACGCAGUAUCGCUUGGAAUACAAGAAAUAGCAGAGACAUGCGGCGCGGCUGCGGCGGCGGCCUCGGAGCAGCUGGCGGGCGCUGCGCGGCGCGUCGAGCAGGCUGAGCAGAAGCUGUUCCCGCAGCGCAGGAACGGCCUGGAUUAGCUGAGCCCAUCCCUCGGUUCUCCACUUUCCACUCUACGCUCCACCACUGCUUUACUGCAUUUGGUUCUUUAUCUAGUCGAUUUUAUGCUUUUCCGGACUUAU